AUGGGGAGCCUGCCGGACGGUGAGAUUCUCGCUGAAUCGAGGACAAAUCCAAAUUACAUCAACAAGACCUUCGAAAUCAUUCAAAGCUACGUACUUGGCAAAGAAUGGCUCAACAAGGUUCACAAAGAUCGUAUUAAGGAGCUCGUUCGUCUUCUCAUGCUCGGCCAUCGAAAAGCCUCAUCCCUUUCUGAUCUUCUUUCGCACCCAGUCGCCCGCGAAUUCCUCUCCGAAAGAGACUUCCGCCGUCUGAACUCACGAGUGGAAAUGGAAUUGACUCCUGCCGAGCCAGACGUGGACAUGGACCUUGGAGGCAAAAACGACGACAGAAGCAAGAGUAAAAUCCGCGAGCAAUUCAACGAAGUCGUUUCUCCCCGAGAACUGCACAACAUCGUCGACAAGAUCAAAAAAACUCAACAUGCGUGGCCAAAUCAACUUGCAAAUCAGAAGCGCAACGCUGUGCGAGAUCAGGCGUUCUUUUACAAAGAAGAACAGCUGGUCGCACUGAAUCAAUUCGAGGCAGCGCUGAAUUUGGUCGAAUAUCUGCAGCGAUUUUUGAAAGAAAACAAGGAGCCGUAUUUUACCGAGCAGUCGUUGAAAAUUGAACAGACCCGGAUUUUGAUGAUUAAGUACUGUUUCGAGCGAAAACCAGCGAGGGAGAUAGAAAGCGGAAUGAUCAAGAAGAUACAAAGAACCAUCAGCGAUAUCAUCCAGCUUCAAUCAGGCUCAAACCGUGAAAAAAUGAUCGAACCAGGCGAGGACUGGCUUCAACUCGGCAUCGCAAUUCUCCUCGACGAAACGAGCUCCUGCCGAUUCGACAAGUACAAAGAUCCACUUUUGGCUUUUGCACAGAAACUGUGGAACAUGACGAAUCGAUCUGGCAGAGCGGAAAGAGACCAUCGCGGCGGCAUUUAUAGAACAAAUGAAGCAAGAAUCGUCUGGCUCGAGCUCUGCAGCUCUCUCCUCGACGGUAAGAAUGACACGACAGACUACCGCCGCGCUGUCAAACCAAGCAACAUCGUUACCCUCUCGAAGUAUCUUUACAACCGGGAAUUAAUUGAAAUCAUGCUCACGUUCAUUCUUCAUCUGAAACGGCUUCAUUCGGGCUCCUCCAUUGGCUACGCAGUUCUGGCUCCAGUGGAAAAGCUUCCUAGAGAUCUUCCAAAGCACAUCCCAAAUCCUGUAGCAAAUGUCAUGGCCAUCGAAGAUUCAGUGGACCUUCUCCUCGAGACUGGAAUGGAAUACGAUAAAUUAGACCCCACGAGAGAGGGAAAGUUUUUCGUCAUCAAAGCCGAGGUUUUGCUCCAAACUGGAAAGCCCAAAGAAGCACUGGCCUUGUUACUCGAUUUCCUCGCGCGCUCUUGCCACAGAAUGACGGGCGUCCACCCCAUUUCCGAGUCCAAGCCAAAAUACACUACUUACUGCCCGAUCAAAUUCUCCGAAUUUCUUCAAAAACGCUGCUCCAAAAUCCUCCUCAAAUUGAUCGGCGAAUGCUUGGAGCGAAUUUCGCACUUCACAAGCGCGGCGAUUGCGUUUUUCUACGCGGACGAGCAUUCCAAAGCCCUCCAGCUUGUGAACCACUCGGAAAGGUGGGAUGGAAUGAUUGAGUGGUACGACUGCGUCUGGUCCAUCGAUUUGCUCGAGUUUUUGCGCUAA